CCCGUUUCCCAACCACACCCACUGAACAAAAUGGAGGAAACGCAUCGACACGGCGCGUCGGUGCCCCUCACUCAUCUCCAUCCUCACUCCCAUAUCUCUCACGAUACCUCAAUUGCCUACAAUGCCGCCACGACCACCGCCCUGGAGCCAUCCGCGCCGCACCGCCGCAUCAGCAUCGGCAGCGACGAGGAAAGCCAGCCGCCCCCGCGCUACACGCUGGAGAACGACCCAUUCCAACUGGCCUCGAAACUGAAAACCCCCGAGGAGAUCGAGCAGAUCCAGCCGCAAGCCAACACGGCCCGCAAACGCGAUUCCGUCCAGCAACGAACCUCCUGCCUCCCGUCAACCAACAUCGGCGGCGGCGGCGGCGUGCAGCGGGUGCUGGCCUCGCGGCAACUGCAGGGGUUCUACCAGACGCAGAACGAGAAUAUCGAGCGGAUGCUCAAGCCGGUGGAGGAGCACGUGCGGGCCGCGCGCGAGACGAACAGCAGCAAUCAGCUGAAGUACCGGAUCGCGGUGUACGGCAGCUUCGCGGCGAACGUGAUCCUGUGCGUGCUGCAGCUGUACGGGGCGAUCUCGUCGGCGUCGCUGUCGCUGUUCACGACGAUGGCGGACGCCGUCUUCGACCCCAUGUCCAACCUGACGCUGCUGCUGUCCAACAAGGCCGUCAACCGCGUCGACGCCCGCAAGUUCCCCGCCGGCAAGGCCCGCAUCGAGACCGCCGGCAACAUCUGCUUCUGCUUCCUCAUGUCCGCCGUCUCCUUUAUCCUGAUUGCCUUCUCCGUGCGCGAGCUCGCCGAGGGCUCCGAGAGCGAGACCGGCUCGUUCCACUUGCCGUCUGUCGUCGCCGUCAUCGUCGCCUUCUGCACCAAGUUCGCCCUCUUCCUGUACUGCUUCGCCCUCAAGGACCAGUACUCGCAGGUCCGCAUCCUGUGGGAGGACCACCGCAACGACCUGUUCAUCAACGGCUUCGGCAUCCUAACCUCCGUCGGCGGCAGCAAGCUGCGCUGGUGGAUCGAUCCCGCCGGCGCGAUUCUGCUGUCCGUGCUCGUUUCCGCGCUGUGGCUGCAUACCGCCUACCACGAGUUCCAGCUCCUGAUCGGCGUCACGGCCGAUACCAAGAUGCAGCAGCUGAUCACUUAUAUUUCAAUGACCCACUCCCCCCUCAUCACCGCCAUCGACACCGUCCGCGCCUACACCUCCGGCCCCCGCCUGGUCGUCGAGGUCGACAUCGUCAUGGACCCCGACGACUCCCUGCGCGCCACCCACGACGUCGCCGAGGAGCUGCAGACCAAACUCGAGUCCCUGCCGGACGUGGAGCGCGCCUACGUCCAUGUCGACUACGAGACCACGCACAAGCCGGAGCAUUUCUUGAAAAAGGAGCUUUAGGUUGCGUACCUACUGUCACAGAGGUGAUCGGACUGAAAUAUACGCAGAUGAUCACGCGCGUCUCUUUGAUAGGGGCAUUGGUUCGAUGCUACACCAGGUGUCGCUGGUGUUAUGUUGUAUAUGUGGUGUCUACUGCUACAUCUCUUCUGAGAAGAAUAUAGCUUAAUAUAGAAUACGAUUUAAAUACGAACUCGAC